AUGGCUGAGCGUGACCACGCGAAGUCUGACGCGGAGAAGGAUGCGAUUGCCACCAAAAUAAUGGCCCUUCAACACCAACGAAUCCAGUCUGCUUCCGUAACGCUCUGCGAUCGGAUCCAGUCUUCGUCCUCGCAGGCGGAGGACCCCGACAUGUCCGAAGAGACUGUAGAUUCACCAGAGGACCCUGGUCCCGGUGCCCAGACGCCAUCACAAGGUGCUGUAUUUGAAGCAUUCCAUGUCCUUCCACACUUCCAUCACUCGGCUCUGCCAAUCUUUCGAUGCCCUUAUUGUAUUUGUGAUCCCAUUGCUUGA